CCCCGAUCUAGUCCAGCCCCGUGCUCAAGCAGGAGAACCUACGCCAUCUCAGACAGGUCUCUUCUUAAAAACCUCCAGGGAUGGAGUGCCCACAAUUUAAGGACCGGAGGCUGAAGGAGCUCUGAGUAGGACAGCAGGAAUCCAGCCCAUCCCGCAGCCUCCAAUGGUGUCGGCCUCUCCCACGGCAGCGUCACACCAGGCCGGCUGGCCGGCUUACCGAUCCCACUUCCUUCUCUCUGAGCACUGACUGCCCCGCUCUCCCUCUCUCUCUCUCUCCUUUCCAAGCUCCAGCAUGUUCCUCAGCAAGCCGGAGGGGGAGCCGAGCGAGCUGCGGAGGAGCGUGGAGGAGGCCAGCGGCACGCCGGAACCGCUGGACGAGGAGCUGUCCAAGAAGAAGCACCGGCGCAACCGGACCACCUUCACCACCUACCAGCUCCACGAGUUGGAGAGGGCCUUUGAGAAGUCCCACUACCCCGACGUCUACAGCCGGGAGGAGCUGGCCAUGAAGGUCAACCUGCCGGAGGUUCGGGUUCAGGUUUGGUUCCAGAAUCGGCGCGCCAAAUGGCGCCGUCAGGAGAAGAUGGAAGCCACCGCCAUGAAGCUUCAUGACACCCCCGUGCUGUCCUUCAGCAGGCCCCCGAUGGCAGCCAACAUGGGGCCGAUCGGCAACUCUCUCCCCUUAGACCCGUGGCUGACCUCGCCCAUCUCCAGCGCCACCCCCGUGCACAGUCUGACGGGGCUGAUGGGGCCCAGCCAGGCCCUCCAGCCCACCUACCCAGCCCACGCCUUCCUCAAUAACCCCCCCACCCUGCCGCAGAGCAUGCAACCCAUGGCGCCUAUGGCCUACCAGUGCGCCACGACUUUUGUGGACAAAUAUCCCUUGGAGGACCUGGAGCAGCGGAACUCCAGCAUCGCUUCGCUGCGCAUGAAAGCGAAGGAGCACAUCCAGACCAUAGACAAAACCUGGCAGCCCAUUUGAUGGCGGGUCAGGCCGCCUUGCCGUAGCAAAACACCGACCAGGCUGAGCGGGACCCUAGGAGACUCUCUUACGAUCCCCCCCUCCUCGGUCAAGAUGUCGCUUAGUUUCUCGUGCGAUCGGGGGGGGGGCGGUGAGCAACCACGCGGAAAGAGAGCGACUCUCCAAUUCCAUUUCACAGACCUCAGCUAUAAAGUGGAUUGACACUUUAUAGGGAACACGCUAGAGCAGUGGUUCUCAACCUUUUUAACGCCGUGACCCCCAACCGGUCAUAAGUCGAGGACUACUCAACCGGUCGUAAGUCGAGGACUACUCAACUGGUGCAGCC